AUGCUUGAAGCACGUCUUCAACAAGCAUCAGUCUUAAAAAAGAUUUUAGAUGCAGUCAAAGAGUUAAUAAGCGAUGUAAAUAUAGAAUGCAAUGAAUCAGGAAUUGCUCUUCAAGCAAUGGACAAUUCUCAUGUAGCAUUGGUAGUCAUGCUUUUAAGAAUGGAUGGAUUUGAACCAUACCGUUGUGAUCGCAAUAUUUCUCUCGGAGUUAACUUGAAUUCCUUUUCAAAAGUGCUCAAGUGUGCUCAAAAUGAAGACAUUAUUACACUUAAAGCAGAGGAUACACCGGAUACUUUAAACAUGGUGUUCGAAAGUCCAACGAACGAUCGCAUUAGUGAGUAUGAUAUCAAACUAAUGGAUAUUGAUCAGGAACACCUUGGAAUUCCGGAUACAGAGUACAGUGUUGUAGUAAGAAUGCAAUCAAUUGAAUUCCAACGUAUCUGCCGAGAUCUUCUCGCUUUAAGUGAAAGUGUACAUGUUGAAGCAAAUAAAGAAGGCAUCAAAUUCAGCUGUUCAGGAGACAUAGGAAAUGGAAGUAUAACAUUAAUACAAAAUCAAGACACAAAUAUUGAGCUAAAUGAGCCUGUUUCACUCACUUUUAGUCUUAAAUAUUUAGUUAAUUUCACAAAAGCUACACCCCUUGCAGAAAUCGUCAUUCUUUCUAUGAGCAAUGAAUUACCACUUAUGGUAGAAUAUAAAAUGGAGACAGGGCAUCUUCGAUUCUACUUAGCACCUAAGAUAAGUGAAGAAUAG